GUGAUGUUCAAUUGAUCUAUUCAAUAUAAUAUUGCAGAGUUUUGAAUAAUACUUAAUCUUAGAGAAGGUUCACACGCUAUUACAUAGAAGCCAUUUGACAGCACAUUAUUUGGCACUUUUUCAAUAACUGAAAAUACACUCCUACUGAUAAACAUACGAUAACUCACCAUGGAUUUGGAUUCGGAUAUACAGAUGGAAGAUGCCGUCGAGCAAACACAGCCAGAGACCACAGGAAAGGAAAGCUCGCUUUCCCAGUUCCCCAUAAUCACGACCGACCCAACCACCCAGAGAAACACGCUGGAUGGCUGGAUAGAACAACUGAGCCAAUGUAAGCCAUUGAGUGAGGAGUCUGUCAAGCAACUUUGUGCGAUGGCUGCUGAGGUUGUCAAGGGUGAGGAGAAUGUUCAACCGGUUCAGGUACCAGUUACUAUUUGUGGAGAUAUUCAUGGACAGUUCCAUGAUUUGAUGGAACUGUUCAAGAUUGGAGGCCCAUGCCCGGAUACGAACUAUUUGUUUAUGGGGGACUAUGUUGACAGAGGCUACUACUCAGUGGAGACAGUCAGCUAUUUAGUGGCUAUGAAAGUUAGGUACCCAAGGAGAAUCACCAUUCUCAGAGGAAAUCACGAGUCGAGGCAAAUUACACAGGUUUACGGAUUUUAUGACGAAUGCUUUAGAAAAUAUGGUUCCGCUAAUGUUUGGAAGAUGUUUACCGACCUAUUCGAUUACUUCCCGAUCACCGCAUUGGUUGACAACUCCAUUUUCUGUUUACACGGUGGCUUGUCGCCAAUGAUCGAGUCGAUCGAUCAGGUCAGGGAACUCAACAGAAUUCAGGAGGUUCCGCACGAGGGACCUAUGUGCGAUCUGUUGUGGUCUGACCCUGACGAUAGAGGAGGAUGGGGAAUUUCUCCUAGAGGUGCUGGUUUCACUUUUGGUCAGGACAUAUCCGAACAAUUUAACCACACAAACGGGCUUUCGCUUAUUGCCAGAGCUCAUCAGCUAGUGAUGGAGGGCUACAGUUGGUCACAUCAAGAUCUGGUGGUUACUAUUUUCUCUGCACCAAAUUACUGCUAUAGAUGUGGAAACCAGGCUGCAAUCAUGGAAGUUGACGAGAAUCACAACAGAGACUUUUUGCAAUACGAUCCUUCCGUUCGCCCUGGCGAGCCUACCGUGACCAGAAAAACUCCAGACUAUUUCCUAUGACGUGCUCUAACCAUUACAGUUACUAAAUUGGUUUAUUUGUAUCACCAACAUUCAUUAUCAUAUUUCAUUACGUGACUAUUUCACAAUUUGGAAGCUCCAUGGAAUAGUCAGGUGCACAGUUUUGUCGUCGUCUAUGAAUUUGGACACGGCAUUGUAGGAGCCUCUUGCCAGUAGUCCGCUUGGCGCUUCCACCUCGUCAAACACCUUUUCAUAAUAAGGUUUGUCCACAGUACAGGGAGCAAAUGAUCCCAGUGGCUCAUCUAGCUUGUCCACCGUGAUUCCCGUCUUCUUCACAGCCUGCAGGUAUCUUAAGCCAGUGAUGAUUUCUCCCUGGAUGCGGAACUUGAUCACCAGCUGGUAAAUGCUUUUCUCUUUGAUUUUGAAUGACACCUUUGGAUCUUUGACGUCUUCCAGCUCUACAAUCACUGGAGGCUCGCCUCUAAUGUUAAGAGUCAUCGAGAGUAUCACUACUGUUCUCUUGUCCCCUUCUUUGACAGGCAACAAUUCCCCCGUAUUCAGACCAAGCGACCGCUUCCACUUGUUGAGCGACUCAUCGUUAGCAUCCAACUGCGCAUACUCUUGGAGGGACUUUUUUUCGCCGACUUUGAAGCCAGGAAUCUCUUCAGGAACCAAUUCCGUGUCUGACAUGUUUCGAAAUAAACAAUAUUUGGACAAAUUGGCAGAUUUUUGUGGAUCUAAAAAUUCUGGACGUUUUUAAAUUGAGCAUAAUGUCGUUACCGCCUUGCCAUAUUUUGUGCCAAUCAGAUCCUCACACACAGCGAGCUGUUUUGGACGCAUUGUUUGAGCCAUGUGACACAUUGGCAGACAUAUUAAUUCCAACCGUGCUUGGACGUUCUUUCACCACAUACAACCAAUUGAUCGGGGCAUGCAGAAAUCAACUGAAUAAACUCUAUCUCGAAUAUGUUAAUGACCGGAGUCUGAAGCCGACAAUUGAUAAUAUAGUCUCUGCACAUCCAAGACUGGGUCCGCCAAGGGACGCGAAUGUCAAACUCUCCUCACAUUCAUCUUUAGAACAGGCUCAACUCAAUGCAGACCCUGAGCUUGCACAGAAACUAGUGGAACUUAAUGACAUCUACGAAGCUACCUUCCAGGGACUCCGAUUUGUCGUGUUUGUGAACGGAAGGUCAAGAGAUGAGAUAAUGAAAAUCAUGAAGGAACGCAUCGCAAGAAACGAUAUGGACGCCGAAAUCAAAGAGGCCUUUGACGCGAUGUGCGAUAUAGCUCUCGACAGGGCGAAAAAAAACCAAUCUAAGUUGUAAUACAGACUCACAUGAUAUCGUUAUGUUAGAUCAUAUACAUUAGUGGAUGUGAUGCAGUCCAGAUCGAAUCCUCACUUUUCACCCCCGUUGCUCCAUUUUUUGUAGCUCUUUUUCUCGCCGUUUUGAAACGACCUGUAGUAUCCGUUGUUGUUGUCAGGAUACUUGUUUCUUCCAUUGGAGUACCGUCCCCCGUUGCUGCCCGGCCCCAUCUGAUAAUACAUGCCCGGAUGUGGAGGCGGGUAGUAAUACUGAUACGAAGGCACCAUCUGAACAGGAGGCAUGGAGGCAGAAGCGGACAGAGGUGUCGAUGACGCGGAAUUAGGCGAACCUUCAGCAGGCACCUGGGACGCUGGCAUUGGAGCGAUGGAUGUCUCCGGUGGAGUUGGCACAGCGUAGAUGUAAGGGUAAGGAGGCAUUCCCGAAGAAGGGCUAGGAGAAAGCCCCUGCUCAUCGGAGGGCGACGUGCUCUUCAUGUUGACGGGGGAAGACUCCAGAGGUUGUGGCAUCAUUUGAGGCGGAGGCCCGUACGGAUAAUUGUACGGAACAAAUGGAUGAUAGUAGCCGUACUCUGGCAUUGGUGGAUGCUGAUAUUUUUUUCUAUUCCCGCGAGGCCGCGUGUCGGGCUCUCCAGCGACAAACCCAUUCGGCCCAUCCAUACCGCCGUGAUCUUCCCUACUGCCUAGUUUUCGGAAUGAUUUGUCGUCUUCCAGAUAAUGCCCGUUGCCGUUUUUGUUAUAGCCCGAGCUACCAUUUUGGUAGCCUUCCUCUUUGCCAUUUUUUUUGUUGCCUUUGCCGCUUUUGCCAGAAAUAGGCCGCUCAUCUUCCUGUUCGCGGUCUAGACUCGAGCUGAAAUACGAUUUGUAGUUCUCAAAAAUCUCCGAGACCCUUAUCCUGUCGAGCUUCUCCAUUGGAUCAAAUUUAAUAUUUCUGAAAUCUAGCGGCUUGAUGUUGCCCUCAUCGUCAAAUGCUGCCGAUUUCUUUGUUUCAUCGUCGGCAUUCACUAGUGAGGUGUUGAUCUUGAAUAAAACCAUCGAAUAACCGUCGUUCGACAAUAUGUGCCCUAAAUUGUAGUACUCGGCUAAUUUAUGAGUCAGUAACCGGUAGUAGGAAUUCAGCGGGGUCAUUUUCCACGAAUCGACGUUGGGCUUUACUAUGAACUCAAUGAUCUCGGAUUCCAGGUUGAUGAUGAAUUUGCGGUCGUUGAGGUUCGAUUGAUUGUUUCUGCCAUUCAUGUUGAACAGUGACCGUACAAGUAUUUCCGGUACCUCAUAGGCGUCAGACAGCUCUUUGAUAAUUCCUUGCGGAGUGGAAGCCUUCAAAUCUAUUGGGCUGAAAGACCUCUUGAGCGUUGACGCUGACGACGAACUUGGUUCCGAUUGGUCCUCAGCCAUCCUAGUGAUAUAUUUAGGUGAUGCUAUCGAUGACUUUGUCUUUCGUGAGCACAAUUCCAAUACCUUUAAAAUUCCAGCUAUUCCGUCCCGAUUGUCUGGUUUACAGACGAUUGUAUCCCAGUCUCCAGGAAGAAAUCAGCAGU